AUGAGAGUCAAUAUUUUAAAAUAUGUUUUUUUUUCAAUUGUUAUUUGUUCUUUUGAAUAUGCCAAAAAUGAAUUAUACUUUGCAAACGAGAGGGAGAUAUACCUUGAAAGGGAUUUAAUAAAAUUUAGGAAUAAUAGGACAUUAUCAGAUGCAGACAAUCAAUUCGAUUUAGGUGAUAUUUAUCAAUCAACUUUGAGUCUUGUAUAUCAAUUUAAUGACUGUAAUGAUGACGAAGAAAUAACAAAGCUUCGAAAUAUUAUAGAUUCACAAAUAAAGAACCAUAAAGAAAAUAAUACAUUACCCAAUUUAAAUAAUGUAGAUAAUAAAACUAAAAAGUUAAUUGAUAAACUUCAAAAAGAACUAGAAGUAAAAAAAGAGCAUGGUAAUAAAAGGAAUGGUAAAUUAGCAAUACAACCGAUACAUGAUAAAAAAAAAGUAAAAAAAGAUGAAAAUAGUUUUUUAUCAGAAUGUAAAGAUUUUAAACAAUUGAAAAAUAAUGAAAUUGCAUUAAGUAAUCGUGAUAUGAAAUCAAAGUUGACUAAAAAAUAUAGAAAAGAAGCAAACAAAUUCAUCUUGUCACGUUUGUCAGUUCUAGUAGUUGCUUUUUGGUUAUCACUAGGAGGGCCAUCCUUAAUGAUACUAUGUAUACCUACUAUUUUUCCAUAUAUUACUUCCUUUGAAGAUUUAAUAAAAAUUCCAAUAAAUUAA